CCGAGAGCACGCCCUUGAUCGCGCGGGGAAUGUGGUCGACGUAUUGCGGCUUAAUCAACGCCUUCAGAUUAUCCUCGAGCACCUUCGUGAAGUAGUUCUGUAGCUCUGAGCCGCGGAAGUACUUGAGGAUCUCUUGCCAGUCGGGCGGGUCAUCGUAGCGACCCAAAUUCGGCUUCAGCUUCCCCGCGAGGAUCUUCAGCGCGGUGCUCUUCCCGAUACCGUUCGUGCCCACGAGCCCAAGAACUUGGCCCGGUCGCGGUGUCGGUAGCCGGUGCAGCUUGAACGAGUUGGCGGUAUAACGAUGGGUGACCUGUGAGUCGAGGUUCGUGGGCAGGUUGAUGAUGGCGAUCGCUUCGAACGGACAUUUUUUGACACAAAUACCACAACCUAUGCAGAGGAACUCGGAGAUAAAUGCGAUCUUGUCUGUGGGCUUAACCUCUAUACAGAGCUUGCCCAUUUUCACUACUGGACAUGACUUCUUGCACUCCUGCGCGCACCGCUUGGGCUUGCAGCGGUUAGAGUCGACGAUAGCGAUACGGGUGAUUUUGUCGGAGGACAUGAUGUGCUAGAGCUGCCCUCAGCCAGGCGUGGAAGAGAUGGAAGGAGGACGAGAGAAUGUGAAUGGCUGCUGAGGCAGCGUCAAGCUGAGCUGCCUCUGGUC